AUGACAUUGAAUAAUCCACUCUUUGAUGAUACUCGGAGCAACAGAGAUGUUGAUCCUCCUCUAAAUGAAGAGUCAACAGAUGUUGUUGAAUUUGUCAAUGAUCCUGUACAAACUGCAAAUAAGCCUACCGGAACUGUUUUAAGCAGUGUUCGUGAGCUUCUAGAGUGUCCUGUAUGCCUGAGUGCCAUGUACCCUCCAAUCCAUCAGUGUUCGAAUGGUCACACUAUAUGCUCGGGUUGCAAACCGAGAGUACAUAACCGGUGCCCGACUUGUAGGCAUGAGCUGGGAAAUAUUAGAUGUCUAGCACUGGAAAAGGUGGCUGCAUCUUUUGCACUCCCUUGCAAAUACAAAGAGUUUGGGUGCAUUGGUAUAUAUCCUUACUACAACAAGCCAGAACAUGAAUCCCAAUGUUCAUAUAAGCCCUAUAACUGUCCAUAUGCUGGUUCAGAAUGCCCUGUUGUCGGUGAUAUAUCCUUCCUGGUGAACCAUUUGAAAGAAGAUCACAAAGUGGACAUGCACAAUGGUAGCACUUUUAACCAUCGUUAUGUCAAAUCAAAUCCUCAAGAUGUCGAAAAUGCCACAUGGAUGUUAACGGUUUUCAGCUGUUUUGGCCACUUCUUCUGUCUACAUUUUGAAGCUUUUCAGCUCGGAAUGGCUCAUGUCUACAUAGCCUUUUUGCGGUUUAUGGGUGAUGAUAGCGAAGCGAAAAAUUAUAGCUACAGUCUAGAGGUAGGUGGAAAUGGGAGGAAGAUGGUUUGGCAGGGAGUACCAAGAAGCAUAAGAGAGAGUCACCGCAAGAUUCGCGACAGUUUUGACGGUCUCAUUAUUCAGAGGAACAUGGCUCUCUUUUUUUCGGGCGGUGACCGGAAUGAGUUGAAGCUGAGGGUCACUGGCAGGAUUUGGAAAGAACAAUGA